GAAUACCUACUUGCAUCCUUAGUCUUGGUGUAAAAAAGCAAAAAUCAGGCCGAUUCAAAGCAAGUGACCCGGUUAACAAUGUCACUAUACACACCAAGGAGCAAGGAAGCUACUCAUCACGUCGUCAAUGGACCGUGCAACCUUUCCUAGUUUCCUAGCUCCUUCGUUUGCCACUGGUACUAUCAAUCUAUAAAUUAUUACAACAUUCCGGAAUAUAGUUGGGUAUGAAUGCAACAGUAACCUUGGUAUUGUCGAGUGUUGACCCCUCGAAAGGACAACAAUCUUCAUUUGAAAGCAGUGAACUGGGACAAGUUGACUUUUCGUCGUCUCAUGGAGUAUGACGAGUGAAUUCUGCACUAGAAUCUUCUCUGGCACGAUCUGAAGAACCAUAUUGAUCGAGUCAAACCAAUCCGACGGCCUACAUCACCCCUCGCUUGCCUCUUUUCUCAGCCAGCCCGCCCCCGCACGAACGACAAAGCCGAAGCAGCAAAGCUUUCCUUCUACUUGCCAACCUCUUCGCCGUUCACAAACUCCCCGUCUCCUCGAUCGGCGGCCGCCAUGGGUGGCCUCAAGCUCCGGCGCCUCGCGUCCAGCUUGCUCUCCCAGGGCCCAGCAGCCUCCCCGGGCUCGGCAGCCGACGCGCACCAGGCGGUGGCCCGCGCGACGGCGCACCACCCUUCCACGGCCCCGCCGUCCGCGCACCACAUGGACGCGCUCCUCGCCUUCGGCCGGGGCUCGCGCCUCUCCGCCGCGGCGCUCGCAGCGGCCUUCGUCGACCGCCUCCGCGCCGCGGCGUCGGGGCAGGGGGACGCCGCCGUGGCGCUCAAGUGCCUUGUCGCGCUCCGGGUCCUCCUCGCGCGCGGCGCCUUCAUCCUCCGCGACCAGCUCCUCGCCGCGCUGCUCCGGCACCCGGCGUCAGGGCGCAACCCGCUCGCGCUCGCGGCGUUCCCGCUCGGCCGUUCCUCCUUCGCCGCCGCGUCGUGGGUCCGGUUCUCCGCGCGCCUCCUCGAGCUCGUGCUCCUCCUCCCCGACGACGCCUCCGCCGACGCCGAGUACCUCAUCGCGCUCCCCAACCCGCACCUCAUCGCCGAGCUCGCCGUCUUCGUGGCCGUCGCCGACGCCGUCCGCCAGGCCCCGCCGCCCCCGUCGUCGGGCCCGCAUCCCAACGCGCUCAUCUGGGAGGCCGUCCGGCUCGCCGAGGAGGACCGCGUCGCGGCGGAGCGGAACAUAGCCGCCCGGGUCAAGGAGAUGGGCGAGCGCCUCGACACGCUGUCCCUGGCCGACGCGGUCGAGCUGGUGUGCGUGCUGCGGCGGGUGGAGGAGGGUUCCGCCCCGGCCCCGGAGUGGAAGUGGGCGGGGCUGGACGAGGGCGUCGUGGGCGCGGCGCGGCGGCUCCGCGAGAGAGCGGACGGGGUGGUGCUGCGGAGAACGGUGGAAGAGAGGCGCCUGGUGCGGAGGGACUCAGGUGGCAGCGCGUCCGCGCGCGUCCUCGUGCCGGCGCGCGCCGGCCGCGGCGGCGGCGACGGCGUCCGGUUCGGAUCCACACGGUGGGCUGGCACAGUUUCUGCAUGCCGGUAGGCAAUGUAUAUGUUUGCAGUUUGCUUGGUGCAAGUAUCUUGUAGCUGUAGUGCUCUAGAAUCAGUAUUUCUGAAUUUGAAGUUUUGGCAAGUCUUUUGCUGUGUCGCGGUGUUUGUUUGCUUGUUUGAUCGGAAAAGCAGUGGUGUAAAUAUCAUGCGAAACACGAUCGAAUUGAUGUGCUUGUUGAUACAA